AUGAACCCCGGUGGAAGUGGGGCGUUCUACAAGCCACCAGCAAGUGACCGCAUUAGAGUAUCACCUUCCACUAGAUAUGCAAAUCGCUCAUAUCUAGGCAAUCUCCCAAGAGACAUCGAAAGACCACUGAACGGCAGCGCCACUUUCACAUACAGCUAUAACGAAUCAACAUUCGCUCGUCGACUCCACCGGUACUGCAUAGAGUACGCGUACCAAUUAUUCACCGAUCCGCGAACAGAUCCCCAGGACAUCUAUCGUGUCUUCCGACUGGUGAGCUGCGUGCGUCAAGAGGAUAAAUUGGCCCGCUGUCUUUCGUCCCUCCUCAGUGCAGGCCCAAAAGAGUCCUUGGAAAGACCAAAUGUGCCUUUCUACUGCAUCGGUGGUGCGGGUACCCAUUAUCCGCAUAUGCAGCCCGAUGGAAAGCCUCUGUAUCCCGAGAACAUGCGGCUUCCGGGUCGAGUCCUUGGUUCCAUUCCGGGUAGUGCUCAGGAGAUGGACAAUAAAUCGUCGUCGGAGAAGAGACAGGAGCUUCUUAAGUUAUACGGGCUGGAUGGUACCUGGCUUGAUUGUCGUGAUGUCCAGGGUUAUCUUGAAGAAAAGGGCUUCUGUCUUGAUGGUGCGCCGUGUAUCUUCGCCACUCCUACGCUUGAGAACCAGGAGAAUUCUCCAAAGGCUGCGCUGGAUCAAUCGAAGGACAUUCCUAUGAAUCUAGAUGAUAGUCAUAAGCUCACAUCGUUGCCCUUGCGUACCGUUGAUGGCACGGAUGAGCGCAAUUCUGAAAAAGCAGCCAAUGCAGCAGAACAAGCGGCCUGGGUCCUCAACAUUGAAGAGUUUGUUCAGAGUAAGUACUUUGUAAUUUACCAUCAUGCAUUGUAA